AUGGAGAAUAGCUUUCAAACCCUUUCACCCUCAUCCCUGUGUCCCACCACCUUUGGAGGGUCCCUGUGUCCCACCACCUUUGGAGAGUCCCUGACUUUCUCCUCCUCGCCGCUGCAGACCACCUGCAGCGACCGUAUUUCGCUCCCACUUUCACCCAUUUCUUUCCCCCCGUCCCCCAUCUCACUUUCUCCAGCGACAGCGGAGUCCAUCUUCUCCUCCUCCCCUUUCUCACAGUGCACAGCCUCUCAGUGCCUUGAACUACAAAACACAGAGGGCCUCAGCCCUACAAACAUAUGUGACCAGGAUGACCUGACCUGCCUGAACUGGCUGCAUCAGAGAGGCAACCUGCUGCCACUGCAGCCUCUUCCCAAAAUGACACCACUGCCUCAGCUAGAAGCCUCCACACCUACCCACCCUCCUCCUGCCUCAUCCAAGCCACCAUACUCCUUCAGUAGUCUGAUUUUCAUGGCAAUAGAAGACUCGCCAGACAAGAGACUUCCAGUAAAGGACAUCUACGAAUGGAUUGUAAACAAUUUCCCCUACUACAGGACAGCCACUGGAGGCUGGAGGAACUCCGUUAGACACAACCUGUCGCUGAGCAAGAGCUUCUGUCGCAUUCAGAGGGACAAGAACCAGUCCGUGGGAAAGGGAUCGCUGUGGUGUGUUUGUCCAGAGUAUCGGCCGGCGCUCCUCGAGGUGCUUAGGAAGACCCACAGUUAUCACAGCACUAACAGCAAUCUGCUAAACAAGCCUGCACUGUUGGAAGGAGCUGACUAUGUGGUGCCUGCAGUCUGUGACAAUAUUGAAAUCUCAGAUCCUCUUUGUCACACGCUCCUCCUCUCCAUGCCCUCUCCCCCAACCCUGACCACUGAUGAUCCAAAUUUUGGUGAAAACCCAUCGUGCCCUUUGACACCAGAUCACGAGGAGCUUGUCAUGUUGGAGUCGAUGGAAUACCAGCAUGAGGAGAUCUGCGAGGAGAUGGAAAAGGACCCCCUGUCCGACAGUGGCUACAUCGAGUUACACUACUACCAGUCUCAACAGUUCCAGUACCUGGUGCUGCCUGGGGACACCGAGCUGGACCUGGAGACAGUGGAGAUCCUUCAGCUGGAUGCAGAGGCCCAGGAGGCCGCUGGCUCACUGCUGGACCUGGCUGGUGGUGUAUAUUAA